GGCGCGGCGGCACCGGGAGGGACCGGGAGGACACCGGGGGGACACCGCGGGGCUCCGGGACCGCCAUGGACCCGCCGUCCGGCGCCGGGCUGGGCGGCGCCGACCCGCAGCUCCAGCGCUUCAUCGAGGUGGAGACGCAGAAGCAGCGCUUCCAGCAGCUGGUGCACCAAAUGACCGAGCUGUGCUGGGAGAAGUGCAUGGACAAGCCAGGCCCGAAGCUGGACAGCCGGGCCGAGACGUGCUUCGUGAACUGCGUGGAGCGUUUCAUCGACACCAGCCAGUUCAUCCUGAACCGGCUGGAGCAGACGCAGAAGUCCAAGUCGGCCUUCUCGGAGAGCCUGUCUGACUGAGCCGGACCCAGCCCCGCCAGGCCCACUCCCCCCAGAGGAGCCAGCAUCGGCUCGGGGGGUCAGGAUUUAAUUAAACGGCAGUCUCGGGGAAGCUGCAGCCAGAUGAGAGCCCGCAGCAGAGACACGGACGCUCCACGCCGGGGUGACGUCCCGGCGCCCGCCUCUGCGCCGAGGAGAGGGGUGGUGAUGCUCAUUCCGCGGUGUUUCCAGUGCUGAUGUGACGCUGGGCUCUGGGUGAGCCCUCCCGGGAACGUGCUGACAUCCCCCGGCCCCUGCCUCAGGCUGGGACAGCCACCUGAGCCAGAAGAGCUCCUUGGGAACACUGAUCCUCCCAGGCAGUGUCACCGCUGGAAAACACUGCCAGGCUUCUGUAGGUAAAUCAUUCGUACGCCCAAGUGACCAAUUUUCACACUGCAGCACAACUCUGUCGAUGCUGACUUGCUCCAUUAACUGCUUUCCCUGGGUAAAUGUAAUAAAUAAUAACUGGGUCAAUUUUUAA